UUUCGAAAAAAUUUCCAGAAAAUUCUAGAAAUCACAAUUUGUUAGCCCAUUUUCUAUGGAAUACUUGUUAUUUUUGCUGUUAUUUGCUGGGUUUUUGACUUUUUUGCCUCGAUUUUUGAUCUACGCACAAAUUACGUCGAGCACAACCACUACUACACCGGUGCCAGCUGCAAAUCGAAGAACGAUCCGAGUUGGUGUGGCAGCUGUACAGACGACCGAACUCGACAGUAUAGGAUGGCCAAUGUCCGGUGGAGCUAUCAAUAUGGCAAUUCAAAAACUCAGAGAUGAUGGAUUUAUUGCUCCGUUUGAUUUUGAAGUAACCGUGAACUAUACGGAAUGUGAUAGAUCUCUUGGUGCAGCAGUUGGCAUGGAAUUUAUGAGGACUAAGCGGCUGGACGUAGUGAUUGGGCCACCGUGUCGAGAUCCCAUGGAAAUCAUGGCGACCAUGGCAACCUACUACAGUACCCCAAUGCUUGGCUGGGGUCUUGUGACUGACUCGAAGUUUACUGAUACAGAGCGUUACCCGUAUUUGACCAAUAUUAUGGCGAAUUCUUUGUCACUCGGCUUCUCCUUGGUGAAGCUGCUGGAAAUGAUGGAGUGGGAUCGUGUGGCUCUUGUCUACGAGGAGAGUGCUCAGGAUUACCCCUUAUCAGUGAUAAAUGACGUGGAAACUGCCAUCAACGAGUACGAUACGUUUGCGGUGAAUGUGGUGGUGAAGCAGGCGCUUCCUGGUGGAGAUCUUAAUGAUGCACAGUACAUUUCUGUGCUCAAUCGUAUUAAGCUUAGGUGUAGAAUCAUAGUCUCUGUCUUUCAAACUGCUCCAACCCGCCGAAGAUACUUGAAAAUGAUUGAUCAGCAAGGCAUGGCCAACGAGGAGUAUGUGCAUAUACUGUUAGGAUUGAGAAGCAUCGGGUUUGGCAAGCAAAGUGCAGGGCUGACGAAAUGUGAGUUGAACUGCUUAUCAUCCGGGUUAGCACCUUUCUGGGAUAUUGCUCCAGACGACGGGCUCAACGAUCGGCUUAAGCAAGCGGCGACACGGAUGCUUGUAAUGGACCUGUCCACGGAUGUUCCUGAUAUAAACUACCUGAACACGUUUACCAUGAACUGUGGAGCUGUAGUAGUAAACCCGCCGGUUUCGUGUGCCACACCAGCAUGCAUCAAUGCUUCAACUUCGCCACCAUCAGCUUUUGCCCGAAGUUUACACGACGUGUUUUACCUUUACGGCCUGGCAAUUACUAAUUUAUAUAAUCAAGAUCCUGCCUAUUUGAAUGAUAUCGAUAAAAUUAAUGGGGCAUUGCAGUUGAAUUUUGCAGGUCUAACAGGCGAAGUAUCCAUCAAUGCCAACAACAGUCGGGUGCCAAAGCUGAUGCUCUACGCAUUGAACGACAAAUACGAUCAGGCGUCCUUCAUGAAUCUGACCUACUCGUUGAACGGCGGAGCGAGUGUCUCUCUUGCCUACACAAACGAGGCAUCGCUCUGGUACUGGUACGGUGGAAAGCGGCCACUUUCAGUUCCGGUUUGCGGUUUUGCCGGUACAGAUUGCCCCCAAUCAUUUGUGGAUCAAUAUGGAGCUCUCGUGUUUGCUAUUGGAGGCGUUUUGAUUUUCGCAAUGCUCUUUGUUAUUACUUGCUUUUUCUAUGUGAUGCGCCAAAAACGUCUGGAACGUGACCGAAUAGAUGCGGAAUGGCAAAUCCCACUAGUCAAACUUCAAGCACCGCCAAAACGCGACAAAGAGCGCAUGUCGAAGCGGUCUCUACAAUCCGGACCCUCCAACAUCACGGACACAUCGAAAAUGACAUUCGACAACACAUUUUCCAACUAUUCGAUUUUCUAUUUGGAUAAGGAGCCCGUUCUGAGCACCGCGCAUCCGGCUUCAAACCUAAUCCGAACGGAUUACGAUACUUUUGUGAGAUUGAGGAAGUUGGACCAUGAAAAUGUGAACAAGUUUGUUGGAAUGUCGAUUGACGGGCCCGAGUACUUGGCGGUUUGGAAAUUGUGCAUGCGAGGCAGCUUGCAGGACAUCAUUGGCCAGGGCAACUUCUCCAUCGACCCAUUCUUCAUGUUCUGUGUGAUCCGAGACAUGGCUGAAGGUCUUAAGUACCUCCAUAACAGCUUCCUACACGUUCAUGCUAAUCUGAGAAGUGGUACUGUACUAGUCAACGAGUCCUGGCAGGCCAAGCUCACAGACUUUGGACUUGGCACUCUGGCUGAGGAGAAGAAGCCCAUGAAACGUCGCCAGCUGUGGAUGGCGCCGGAAGUGAUACGUGGCACGUUGCUGCCUCAUCAAAUUGAAAAAUCUGCGGAUAUUUAUUCGUUGGCUGUGAUUGCAUCGGAGGUUCUGACAAGGAAGGAGGCAUGGAAUAUGGCGGAGAGGAAGGAUACUGUUGAUGAAAUUGUGUACCGAAUCAAAAAGGGCGGCCCAAACGCACCACGGCCUGAAUUGGAUAUGGACGGAGUUGAGAUAAAUCAUAAUUUGCUAAUCCUAAUCCGCGACUGUUGGAGUGAAGAGCCCGCGGACCGCCCGUCUGCUGACGUAAUCUGUAAUCUUUUGAAGAACAUGAUGCCAAAGAAAGGAAACCUUAUGGACCAUGUCUUUAAUAUUCUAGAGGAUUACACCACGAAUUUGGAAGUAGAAGUUGAGGACAGAACAAAAGAAUUGACAGCUGAGAAGAAGAAGGCAGAUGUGUUACUGGGAAGAAUGUUGCCGAAACAAGUCGCCGAGCGCCUGAAACAAGGCCAAACUGUGGAGCCGGAAGGUUUUGACUCUGUCACCGUAUUCUUUUCGGAUGUGGUAAAAUUCACACAGUUGGCAGCGAAGUGCUCACCGUUUCAGGUUGUCAACUUGCUCAACGACCUCUACAGUAACUUUGACGCCAUAAUUGAGGAGCAUGGCUGUUAUAAAGUCGAGUCAAUCGGUGAUGGAUACCUCUGUGUCUCGGGCUUACCCUCGAAAAAUGGAAAUGCUCAUAUUAAACAAAUAGUGGAGCUGUCCCUAGACUUUAUGUCUUACUGCAAGUCAUUUAAAAUACCCCAUUUGCCACGUGAAAAGGUUGAGCUCAGGAUUGGAGUGAACAGUGGGCCUUGUGUGGCGGGAGUUGUGGGCUUGAGUAUGCCUAGAUAUUGUCUGUUUGGAGAUACGGUGAACACUGCGUCGAGAAUGGAGUCUAAUGGAAAAGCAUCCCAUAUCCACCUCAGCGCCGCUUCUUACACACUUCUAAUGAAGCAUUAUCCGAAUCAAUACAACACUGCCUCCAGAGGAGAUGUUAUUAUUAAAGGAAAAGGCGUGAUGGAGACUUUCUGGGUAUUCGAACGAAAUAAUCAAUUUAUGGGAGUAUCCUCUAACAGUGGAUAUCAAAGUGACAAAAAGGCCACAAAUAACGGUAGCAGUCCGGAAUCCACGCCUCCAAGUACCCCGCCGAUGCAUGAAGUAAAAGCCAACAGUCCGGUCCGUCAUCGUAAGCCGCCAUCUCCGUCCUCACCAACACUUUCCAAGCGGUCUGUAAGCCCAAUAAUGGAGGCAAAAGCCCGAGAUAUUCACAAUGAGGAGACCGAGGCUUUGUACCGGCAGUUCAGGCGACAAGAAACGUUGGCUUUGAUUUGAUAACUGUGAUUUUUAUUUCUAAAAAUGUAUUACUCUGAUAUUUUAUUUGCUCAUGAUGUUGUUUAUGUAUACAAAAUUGCAAUGAUAAAGACAUUAUUUUUGUUAGA